UACCGACCCGGCCUGUCUGACCUCGCAUACCGUACCCGACCAUCCAUCCAUCCGGCUCGGAUCAGACCAAUUCCGUUCCUGCACUCCCCUGUCAGUACUCUCUACCACCGCAGGACGCACUCGGGGGUCGCGACCUGGUUCCAGUCUGCACCAAGUCCAUCCCCACCAUCAGGGGCCCUAGUGAACAGCAGGCUGGGACUUAGACCCCGCCCCCUGAGGGCAUCCGUGCGGUGGGCUGCUAGAGACUCUGCCAGGUGGUUUAUAACAGAU